CGCUCGCUGCCGCCUCCAUUUUGUCGGUAGAGGCAGGAGGAGGAGGUGGGUCCGGAACGGAGGUGGUCAGCAGCUGGUUCAUCGGUGCUCGCGGGCCUUGUUCGUGGCGUGCCUCGUCUCUCCCUGGAAAGGGAGGGGGGCCUCGACGCAGAGCCGGAGCCGCCGCCGCUGUAGUCUCGAGCUCGAAGUCGCUGGACUUCUCUCAAACUUGUGUGCUGAGGAGACUCAGAUGUUGGCCUCAGCUCCUAGGCUGAACUCAGCAGAUCGGCCCAUGAAAACUUCUGUAUUGAGACAAAGGAAAGGAUCCGUCAGAAAGCAACAUCUAUUAUCCUGGGCUUGGCAGCAAGGAAGAGGACAGGUACUGGAAAUCCUGCGAUCUGCAAAGCAGACUGAAAGGUGACAAAGCUGAAGAUGGGUGGUGGAGAGAGGUAUAACAUUCCAGCCCCUCAAUCUAGAAAUAUUAGUAAGAACCAACAACAGCUUAGUAGACCGAAGACCAAGGACCAGAAUUCCCAGAUGAAGAUUGUUCAUAAGAAAAAAGAAAGGGGACAUACGUAUAACUCUUCAGCAGCUGCAUGGCAGGCCAUGCAAAAUGGGGGGAAGAACAAAAAUUUUCCAAAUAAUCAAAAUUGGAGCUCUAGCUUAUCAAGUCCUAGCUUACUUUUUAAGUCUCAAACUAACCAGAACUAUGCUGGAGCCAAAUUUAGUGAGCCACCGUCGCCAAGUGUUCUUCCUAAGCCACCAAGCCACUGGGUUCCUGUUUCCUUUAAUCCUUCUGAUAAGGAAAUAAUGACAUUUCAACUUAAAACCUUACUUAAAGUACAGGUAUAAAAUAAAGUGCUAAUUGUUUAAAUUUAGUUCUAUUUAAGGCAGGUGUCAGUUUCAGACCAAAUUCACAAUGGAAUUAAUCUGUGUAAAACUAAAAUAAUAUAGAAAAUAUAAACUUGUUUCAUGUGUGUGUACUAUGAUGUAAUAUUAGUAUCAGUGCAACUUAAGUAAAUUACUGAUAAUUGUACUUGGUAUUAAGUGUUCUCAGUUGAAGGACUCUGAAUGGUAAAGGAGUCAACUUCUGUUGCUUGUGGGAAAAUACUAAUUCAAGAUUGUCAUUCAUGGAUCAGUAGACUUGUUGAAAGCUAGUGAAUCUGAUCCUAAGCAUCCAGUUAAGACAUACAGGGAUUGAAAACUAGUUGCAUAUUUGAAAGUUUAUGCUACCAACCUAUAAUAUGCUACCAACCUGAUGCACUGCCAAAAAAUGUGAAUUUUUCUUAAUAGUUGCAUUUUAGUAAACUUAGUAGGGUGGUGAAUGUGGAUAGGGCACUGGGGGCUUUUUGGAAUGAGAAAGUAUACCCCAGCAACCCUAUUUCUUACAUGGAGUGUAUAGAUCUAUGCCAGCAAAUGCACCAAAACCAUUUUCUAUAGAAACAGUAUUUGGUGGUCACAGAAUAGCUUUCAAAAUACAUUUUUGUAUUAAAAGCACUGCAUAAGCUAUUCUGACAGUGAUCUGGCCUCAGAUGAUCCCUGCAAAGCUCGCUUAAAGUGGGGAGCUGUAUAAUGUGAAAGAUCAAAGUACUUAGGAAACAAAGAGCCAUGUAAAUAUAUGUAAUAAACUUGUAGCAUAUGUAAAGUUUUGUUGGCAUUUAUCCUAUAAAAAUAGAAUUAUUUUAGUAUGAAUUUGCUGAAUGUAAGACAUGGACUCUUUUAUACUAUGGCCUAAUUUUUGAAGGUCCAAAAUAAUGUUUUUAAAGUUUGUCCUUGUGCUCAAGGCUCAGUGUAUGUAUGUAUGUAAUCUGGUCGUAAAAGUAUAUUUCAAAGUAAAUCCUAGUGUAAUAGGUUUUAUGUAAUUGAAAAGGUUUUAAGCUGCUAAAAACACUUCCUAUUUUUAAGAGAUGUGAAAUGCAGUAUGGGACUACUUUUUCUUUAAGCCCAAAGAUUUAACUAUAAAAGGGUCCCUCAAACCUUAGAAGACUCAUUUUUUGAACAGUUUUGGCACCCUAUAUAACAGAGUGUAGUUUAUGUAUGAUGCCAGCUAGUUUUCUUUUUGGUCACCAGUAAAGUACAACCUAGGGGAUCACUUAUGCAAAAGAUGCAAUUUCCUGCAUAAUACCUUGAUAACAUGUUUUGCCUACCUUAAAGAUAAAUGCUGCAACUAACCCAAUAGUAAGUAAGUGUGUUUGUGGGGGCGUCAGUUUAAAAUUUGAUUGUAAGAGCCCUAUUUUCUAAUUUAGCAGUUUUCAUUAUUCCUAAGUAAAAUGGCUAAGUUGUAUUUGUCCAAAUUCAACUAUUGCCCAAGUUAAAUGAUGUCCUAAAGACGUUUAUAUGGUACUGAAUAUGACAUGAAUUUGAAGCAUGAAAUUAAACUGUUUUCUCCCCA